CGGGAUCGAGGGGCAUGGCCUCUCUCAUGAAUUCAUAAAAGCCGAGGAGUUCCUCGAUUGCAACUAACCCGUAUCCUCUCUCUGUCCACUCAUACUUUCAAAUCAAGUAACCUCAUUAAUAAUUUGACUCAAACCAGCGACAAUGGUGAAAGUUCUCUUAACUGGCGGUAGCGGCUUUAUCGCUGCUCACAUUAUCGACAUCCUGCUGCAGCACAGUUUUGAUGUCGUGUUCACAGUUCGCUCCGAUGACAAGGGUAAACGAAUCCUUGAGAAUCACCCCAACAAACCCCAGGAGAAGCUCUCCUACGUGAUUGUCAAGGAUGUGGCUCAAGAGGGUGCAUUCGACGAGGCCGUCAAGUCUGACCCUCCGUUCGACUACGUCCUUCACACUGCAUCGCCUUUCCAUUUCAACGUUCAGGAUCCCGUGAAGGACUUCCUAGACCCCGCUAUCAAAGGAACCACUGGCAUUUUGAAGGCUAUCAAGGCUAAUGCUCCUACUGUGAAGCGUGUUGUCAUCACCUCCUCAUUUGCUGCUAUUGUGAACCCAAAGCAGCACCCGAAGGUCUAUAGCGAGAAGGAAUGGAACCCAGUCACUUGGGAAGAGGCUCUGGAUCAUUCCAACGUUUACCGGGCCAGCAAGACCUUUGCCGAGAAGGCUGCCUGGGACUUUGUUGAGAAGGAGAAGCCCAACUUUGACAUUGCCACUAUCAACCCUCCGCUAGUCUUUGGUCCCAUUGUUCACUACCUGAACUCUCUUGAAGCCAUCAACACAUCAAACCAGCGGAUGCGGAACCUCAUUCAGGGCCAAUUCAAGGAGCAAAUUCCUCCCACCGGCACAUUCCUUUAUGUUGAUGUACGUGAUGUGGCACUUGCGCACGUUCGAGCCAUUGAGGUCGCCGAGGCUGGUGGUAAGAGAUUCUUUGUCACUGCUGGUUUCUUUUCGAACAAGGAUAUCGUGGAUGCGGUCCGCAAGACCCACUCGGAAUUGGAAUCUAAGCUUCCUGCUCCGGAUGCCCCGAGUGACUUCCCAUCGAAUAUCUACGAGAUUGACAACAGCAGAUCAAAGGAGAUUCUGGGAAUCAAGUAUCGGUCCUUCACGGAGACCGUGGCAGAUACAAUCAGCUCCUUGCAGGACGUCGGUGCUUGAAAAUAACGCACGAAUACUUUCAUAUUCAUGAUAAAAAUGAUGAAAAGAUAC